AUGCGGUCCUCUCUCCGUCAGCAUGUUGUUGCUUGUUUCUCGAGCCACCAAAAUCAGCUUGCUCCUUCUUCGUUUCGGAUGUGCUCUUCUUCUCUUCAUAAGAAAGAUAUUCUCGGAAGAGGACUAAUCAGGACUAAUAGUUUAAUUAAGCACAAGGCACAAUUUUUUGUUUUUGAUAAAGUCUUUGAUAUCAGUAUAAUCAGGAAUUUUCAUUCUCAAAUUACGAAUAGAAACUCACAAACAACUGCCCCAACCACUCCUGAAUUCAGUACUGAAGAGUUAAAAAAUAUUCUAGAUGAAGUAGAAAAGACAGUUUAUGAACAUAGGUUAUUUUCUCAUAUAAAACAAAUGCCAAGCACUUCAGAAGAAGAAAUGUUUCUCAAAUGGAGCUCAAUUUCACAUUUGGUUAAUACGUGUUACUUUGAUGUUCUAUCAAAAAGAUAUCCUUCAACAUUUAAGGCUCAAUCUCAAAAUUCUUUUGUUGCUGAUGAAGGAGAAAAUCACAGCAACCUCAUGAUACAAGUUGUUUUAUUUAAGGAUGAAUUGUAUUCACGACUAGAAAAUAUGUAUGACGUAAUUAGAAGAAUGUCUAUUAAUUUUGGGUUAUCUGAAUUGAAUACAUUUGAACACAGAUUACCAGACCAUGAAAUUGAAAGUACUUACAAAGAUACUUUUAAUCUAAUAAUGGAUGAACCAAGCUCAAAUGAAAACAUCUAUCAGCUAGAACUAAAAGCAAUUGGUCAAAGUGGACCAAAUGAUCUUUAUCAGAGAAAUGAACUAACAAAACCAAUAAUUGCCAGAGCGCAAUAUCAUGUUGUUUCGAAGAAAUUUGAGUCUAAUCCUCUAUCACACUGGUUACAUUACAGAUGUUCUCUUGAGGAAUGGUAUCACAGGGCUGGAUGUAGAGAUAGAGAAUUGGUUGACAGGACCCGAGAGUUCCACGAUUGGUGUUUGGAUAUUAUUUCAGGAAAAGAAACAAAGAAAGCAAAUUCUAAGAAAUUCAAAAUAUUUAUUCUGGUGUUAAUGGUUGUCUCGUUAGCGGUUAUUGCUUUGGCCUACUUUGGAAUGUCCAUGACGAAUGACAAGAAAGUAAAGAAGUAG